AUCCCGUCCCGCUUUCCCUUUCCAAUUGAACUUGCCACCCACUCCUUCACGACAGCACACGCCUUUGUUUAAUUCAAUAUGAGCAAGAUUCAUGUCAGCUACAACCAGAUCCACUCGAUGAUCAAGGAGACCGUCGAGAAUAUGCACCUCAACGAGGACUUCCAGCCGGACAUCAUGGUUGCCAUCGGUGGAGGUGGAUUCAUUCCUGCUCGUAUCUUGAGAACGUUCCUGAAGAAGAAGAACAACAAGAACAUCUCGAUCCAGGCAAUCGGUCUCUCUCUGUAUGAAGAUCUCGAGAUCUGGAAAGCCGCCCACAAGGAGUCCGAGCCCCUGGUCUCCGAACCCGAGGUCAUCAAGACCCAGUGGCUCAACUUCGACUCCUCCGAGACCUCGCUCAUCGGUCGCAACAUCCUCAUCGUCGACGAGGUCGAUGAUACCCGUCGAACGCUCGCCUACGCCGUUCGCGAGCUCACCAAGGAUCUCGAGAAGGAAUCGGCCAAGUUGCUUGAACAGGGCAAGGAAGUCCCGGUGACCAAAAUCGGAGUCUUUGUGUUGCACAACAAGUUGAAGGAGAAGCGUGAGCAAUUGCCGGAGGAGAUCAUGCAGGGACGGUAUUUUGCCUGUAAGCACAUGCCCGAUCAGUGGCUGGUCUAUCCCUGGGACGCCUUGGAUAUCGAGGACCACACGGAAAAGGCCAAGGAGAACACUUACUAGAGGGCAUUGAUUUCGAAAUCAUUUUGGGGCUGUGAAAUAAACAUUGAGGACAUGGAAAGCAUACAGCGCAUGGUCGUUUUUUUGAGAAGGGGAACCAGUGCGAGUUUGGUCCGCAGAAGAUGUGUCUUUUCUUUGCAUCCACAAAGCCAAUUUGCCUCUGGUGCGACAUAUACUGCGUCGGUCCACGUCCCAUACAGACAUUUAUGCGCAUGUAUGUUUUCGCAAUCUUAUUCAUUUUUUAUUAUUUUUAGC